UGUUUAACAGGAAGUAAAUCCAACUUUCCACACGUCACUCGAGAUCCGACCAACAAGUUCAACGAUCAACGACAGUGAAAUUUCGUUUAGUGAUAGUGCUGUGACUUAUUAGUGAAAAUGCAAAUUCCAAAUGAAUAUGUGUCCACCGCAGAAGAUGUGGCAGAUCAGGUUAUACGUAAAGGCAAGAAUGUGUUGCCAACAGUUGCACGACUAUGUCUCAUAUCCACAUUCCUGGAGGAUGGCCUCCGGAUGUGGUUCCAGUGGUCAGAGCAGCGGGACUACAUGGACAUCUCAUGGGGGUGCGGCAAGUUCCUUGCUACCAUGUUUGUUAUAGUAAAUUUAGUAGGUCAGCUGGGAGGCUGUGUGAUGGUGCUCGGCAGACUGAAGGUUGACAUCGCUUGCGGAAUAUUAUUCUUCAUCGUCGUAUUGCAGACUUUCGCAUACAGUAUACUAUGGGACAUGCAGUUCCUCCUUCGUAACUUGGCACUAAUCGGCGCGCUGCUGCUGGUGCUGGCGGAGGCGCGCGCGGAGGGCCGCAGCCUGUUCGCGGGCGUGCCCAGCCUCGGCGAGAACAAACCCAAGACGUACCUUCAGCUCGCUGGACGUAUACUGCUCGCGUUUAUGUUCAUAACACUGCUCAGGUUCGAGGUCUCCUUCUUGCAGAUAAUCCAAGACUUGCUGGGGAGCAUCCUUAUGAUCCUGGUGACAGUUGGCUACCGCACCAAGUUGUCUGCGCUGAUGCUAGUGCUUGUGCUGACCGUGCUCAACUUGUACCACAAUGCGUGGUGGGCAGUGCCCUCCUACAAGCCACUGAGAGACUUCCUCAAAUACGACUUCUUCCAGACAUUAUCAGUUAUCGGAGGUCUCCUGAUGAUAGUGUACCUGGGCCCCGGCGGUGUCAGUAUGGACGAGCACAAGAAAAAGUGGUAGUGGUCUCCGCAGGAGCUCAGUGCAAUGACUUUUGAUAUUAUAUAUAAGGUUGUUAUUUGGUGCCGUGGCUCUAACGAUGAUAAUUCUCUGGUGUUGUGUAAAUACGAGAAAUGUAGCAGUUUGUAUGGGUGCUUCAUACAUACAUACAAAUUUGAAGAAAUUUUAUAUAUCAAUUGCACCAUGUCUAAUGUAAGCACAAUUAUUUCUUUGGUUUGUAAAUUCUUCUUGUCUUAUGUGCAUACAUUUGUUUAUAGAUGACAAUUAUUAUUAAAUCUGGAUUUGCUAUGUGUAUACAUUGUUAAUAAUAUACAUGUAUCUAGUUGGACAAUUAAUUGUAAAUAAAAAACGAAAUGCAAAUGAUUUGUGUAAAUUUCAUUUUUCCCUUUACAAUUAAAUGAUCUCAAAAUUAAAUGCUUUCUAUACAUAAUACUGUUUAUUCCAAUGUAUACACAUAUCUGAUAAUCUAUAAUUUUUUUUAAAUUGACCGUAAAUGAAAUGUGGCACCCAUAAAAAUAUUUGAAUAUGUACCAGAAACUGACUGCAAUAGUAAAAAUCAAAUCUUAUAUCAUUUAAUAAUGUUUUGUCCUCGCUUAAUGUUUUUAUCAUGCUUAUUUACUGAUUCUGUAAUUACAAGUUUUGACAAUAUCUCCCUAACAAAUGACAAUUGGUGAUAAGUUCGGAAUAAACCAGCAAAUUCAAGACUGGUUGUGUAUAGUUUUGAUUUGAAUGACCUAAAAUCUAUUUAAUUAUUAAAAAGGUGUAUAUAUGUAUUGAAAAUUAAUAGGAUAUAAAUCAUUUUAACAUUCAGCAGUGAUAUACAGGAUUACAUUUUUAGGUAUAAGUGUAUCUGACAAGAAUAGUUUUAAAUUUUCUUUAUCUAGAUUCCUUAUGAUUCAUUCAUAUGGACAUUCCAAAACUAUAAAAGAUGGUAUAAGCUGUUCUGAUAACUGAUCAGUUUUCUUUACAGUCUUCAUAUCAAAUUAAAACUUGAAUAAUAUAGAAUAUCCAUAAGAGCCUCUGGCUGGUAGUGCUUUUCCAUUGUAAUAAUCUGAUUGCUUUUUAUAAAAUAAACUUUUAUAUUUAUUUCGAAAGACAAUAUUUUUAUAGUAUUUUUUUUUAUUAAAUAAACACCAUUUGGUCGUGACGAGUCAAAUUCCUAAACGAAAAUAAAUUUUUUAAAUCUA